AUGGAAAGUACUGGUGGGAGGACUUAUGUUCCUCUACGAGCGGUAACAAGUGUAAGUAAGCAAAUUGAAACAUUGAAGGAUUUACUUGAUGGUCCUAAUGAAUUUGUAGCAGCUGGAUUUGAACGUUUUCGACCAUUAAAUGAAAUGAAUUCGACAACUAGAUGCUUCAGUCGCAGCUUAAGUCGUACAAGAAAUCCAACUAAAUCACCUACCAGUUCAAUGUUACCAUCUUUGAAACAAACUCAUGAACAAUUCAAUAAAGGUCUCUGUUCAACUGGUGGAUUUAUUGUUUGUCAAGUAUUUAUCAAAUCUGGUCAGAAUGAUCCACAAACAGGUGAAAUAUAUUCAUCUAUUUGUACAGCAAAUCCAACUAUUACAAUCUGUAAUAGAUAUCAAUCAACUCAACCUAUACUACUUAGAUCAGCAUAUAUAUGUACAUUGAGUUUAAAUGAUGGAAAUGUACAAGUUAUACAAGGGAAUGAAUUAAACGAAUCUAACACAAGAAAUAUUACACAAUUGGGACCAUUUUAUCCAGGGAGUAUUGAUUACUUUGAAAUACCCUUAAAUGAUAUUAUGGAAAUCAGUAAGAUACGUAUAAGUCAUGAUGGUUACGGUACAUAUCCCGAAUGGUUACCAGAAGAAAUAUAUCUAAGAUUAACACAAAGUCCCCCUAGUACGACCAUGAAUUCACUCAAAUUCAGCACAAGAAAUUCUUCCUGUUUAACCAGACUAUUAAAUACUGAAGAAGAGAGUAAUUUAAUGUCAGGAUCUAUACCAACAUAUGAAAUUUCUUUUCCAUGUAUGAAAUGGUUAUCACGCUUUAAAGGUGAUGGCAGUUUGGUGCGUGAAAUCGCUGCACCUGGAACUCAACUACCUGAUCAAGCACCAAGACUUGGACGAAUAUUAAAAGUUUAUCCAUUGGAUAUUACAACAUUAUUUCAACAAGAGGAAAGAGCUCCUGUAAUUCAAUAUCAAGUAAUAACAAAAACUGGUAAACUUUGGAAUUCAGGAAUGAAUAAUACAACAAAAGUAAAUAUAUUAAUACAAGGUGAUCGUGGUGAUACAGGUACAAGAAUUUUAUGGAAUGAAGAAAUAUCUAAAAUGAAUGCAUUUUCAAGAGGGAAAACUAAUUCAUUCAAUGUUGAAGCUGUAUUUCUUGGUCGAUUAAAAUCACUUACUAUAUGGUUAGAAUCAGAUAAUAAUGGAAAUGAGAAUAUUUCAACUACUAAUACUACUACUACUACUACUAAUAAUAAUAAUAAUAAUAAUAAUAAUAACUGGUAUUUAGAAUAUGUGAUCAUUCAACAAUUAUCAAUGAAUUCUUCUAUGAAUAUAUUCAAUACAUUAUCUUCAUCUUCUACACAUUCACCUCAAUCAUUUCCUUAUACAAAUGAUCAUUUUCUAACAUGUACAAAUAAUAAUUUGAAUAAUAUUUAUAAUGAUAUAAGUGCAAUUUAUAUAUUUCCUUGUUUUCAAUGGUUAACAACAAAAUUUGGUAUGAAUUCUUUACCAAUUAAAUUAAUUCCAAUUAAUAGUAAUGGUACAUUUACAAUUAAUUUAAUUGAAACAAUUAUGGCAUAUCAAAAGGAACAAACAUUUUGGCAGGUUGAAAAAUGGAAGUUUAAACCAGGCACAAAAAUUAUUUUCUACAGUUAUCUAACUGGUGCACCUAUGCGUAUAAUCGAUUCUAACCGUAUUGAUUGUCAACCGAUUGAUUCAGUUAGCGGAGUAUCAAAUCAAAGAAAUGGAGAAGUUUUUAAUGUCUCUUAUGGAUUAACUAAUUCAAAACGUUCAAAACUAUCACGAUCAUCUUUACAUCAACAAUUUGGUUCAAGAGAUUUAUUAGAUAAUUAUAAACAAUCUAUAUUGAAUCAAAAUAUAGAAUAUUGUAAUGAUUUAAAUGAUAAUUUGAAAUCAACUAAUAAAAUGAACAAUCAUAAUAAGAAUACAAAAUGUAUUCGUUCAUUUGCAAGUGUACAAAAUCCAUGGCUUUCAAUGUGUUUAGAUGAAAUAGCUGGUUUACAUUUGAAAAUUAAUUCGGAUUUAGAUUCACAAUUUUUCAACUUUAAAAUACGCCCUCAGUCAGAACGUCUCAUUGCACUUGAAAUAAACAAAAAGAAUUCAUUGCAAUCUAGAAAGAUCCAUGUUUACGUUGGACCAGACGGUCGUGUCGUCAGUGGAGCAACAGGUCCUGUAACAAUUCCCGGGAAGUUAUUUCUACCGUAUGUAAAAGGUUGUCUAAGAGACCAAACAAUCUUAUGGUUAUGUACAGAAAUUCAACAAACAUUAAUACCUAUAAUAAUUCAUGAAACUAAUCAAAACAAUUCAGAAGUUAAAAUCAAUAGUUGUAAAUUUGAUUUACGUGCCACAGGUGAACGUACUACUGAAGCAUAUUGGAGAGUUCAUAAAGUAGACAAAAAUAUUAGACGAUUUGAAUCAGUUGCAUGGCCAGGAAACUUUUUACGUGUUACAUCAAAUAAUGUAGAUGUUAUGGGUGGCGGUGGGAUGGAUUGUUACUUUCAAAUCAAUCGUGUUCGUUGUAAAGGUUUUUUCCAAUUAUCACCUCUUGUGAAUAUUAAAAAAAUUAUUGGAAUGAAUGAAGAUGGAACAAUCACUUUAUACGACAAAGAUACAAUGGAAGAAAAUUCACGUUUUUAUCCAGAAGUUGUCAAAUAUGGUUUCUCGAGUCCACAGACUCAAUUGAAUAGUUCAUGUUUAACAAACAGAACAGUUAAUAUAAGUCCUCAACCAAUCAUUUCAAAUUCACUAUCAGAUAAUGAUAAUGAAGAAGAUGAAGAGAAUAAAGGAAAUCUACAAAAAGAAUCUAAAAUUACAUCCACAAGACAACAACAACAGAUGUUAGAAUUAAUACAAUCUCAUAAUCAAACCGAUAUGGACACAACCAAUAGUGUAUUUGUUGAUGAUACAAACUUUAAUGGAAAUGAUUUGAAUAAGACACAAACUUUAGAUAAUCCAAAUGAAAUUCAGACUAUGAAAGAUUCCAGUUGGAAAUUAUCUAUUUAUACAGAGAAAUCAGCACAAAACUGUGAAAUCGUUUUAGUCGUCUACGGCAUAGACGGUAAUUCAGGUCCAAUAUUAAUUGGUAGAUCAAAUGAUGAAAAAGGAUUAUUUCAGGCAAAUAGAAUUGAUAAUUUUAUGAUUAUAGUGGGAAAUAUCGGUUCAAUUUAUAAGAUACGUCUAGAAGUGAAUCAAAUAAAUCCGGAUAAUGAUAGUGAAUGGGAAGUUGACAAAUUGAUCCUAGAAAAUGGUAAAAUAAACAAACAAUUAAUAUUUGAUUUUAUUGGUCGGCCAUUUGGAAAAUUAAACAAUUUUUAUUGUUUAUCUCGAGAACAAAUUACCCAUUUACAUUUAUCAAAUAAAAUAAUGAAGAAACAAUCAGGAGAAGAGCAACAACAACAAGACGACGACGAAGAAGAAGAAGAAGAAUUCAAAUUAUGUCUAUUGAAUUAUCGUAUACAAUUAGAAUUCAAUGAUGAUGUAAUUAGAAGAAAUGAUAAAUUAAAUAUUGCAUUAGAACCAUAUAUUUGUUUAAUUGGACAAUAUGGUGAUAGUGGUCGUAGAUUAAUCGGUUAUAUUACUGAUAAACAAUUAAUUAUUAAUAAGAAAAGAAAUAUUCUGGUACUUGAUACGUUGAUUGAGUCAGCUUAUCUUGGUGAGGUGACCAGCUGCUUUCUAGGUCCAGUUGAUAUUGAAGAACGAUUACAAGAGGAACGUACUGGUUUACUAUGUACUAAAAUUUUGAUAUGGGAUACAAAAAAAGAGGUGGUUUAUGAAAUCCCAGCAGAUACUUGGCUACUUUUUAAAAGAAAUGAACAAACACAUGAAAUUCACCUGGAAGUUGGUCAAAUACAUUCCAUCGAAACAUAUGAAGAGGAAUCUAAUGAUGAAAUAAUCAAACCAGAUGAAACGACUCCAGUUGUCGAACAAUAUGAAGCCAACAAAAUUGACAAUAGAAACACUUCAGAAGAUGUACAUUAUAACACAGAUGAAUUGAAUAUUUUACGUGAUGCUCAACUUCUAGUAUCUACCAUAAUCAAGAAAUCAGAAAUGAAUUUAAUGCUCUUUGAAAGUCAACUCUCUUUGAUGUUAUGA